AUGAACCAGUUGGUUUUAGAUCUUCAUAUUUUAUUAGCACUAUGUUUUGGUGUUUGGAACAUGGCAAUUGAGGAGAAGGUUGGAAAGCAGGCCAUGAUUGGGAAUUUUUUGAAGCAUAAUCGUGGAGCAAUCAGAGGAUCAAAAGAUGAUGAUUUGAACUCAAUUCUUAAAUCUCAACUAGAUCUUCCGAGUUCUGUACUAUUUGACCCUUCAUCCAACCUGCUGAUACUGUCAGAUGAAGUGGGAACAGCACCUUGUGCCUCGGGAUGGACGAGAUAUUCUGUUAAUGGGAUGUGCUACAAACAAUCAAAAAAAGAAAUGUCCUGGUACGCUGGUGAGGAGUAUUGUGUCGAAGAAGUAUCCGGAGGACAUCUAGCGUCAGUUCACAAUGAAGCUGAAAGCAGAUGGUUGAAUGCCCAAUUCCGGGACAAAAGCGGCCACAUGGAUGCAUGGAUUGGUAUGAGAAGAGAUUGUGACAAUGUGACCUACAUCUGGACCGACGGGACCCCAGUUGACUUUUGGUUUUGGCAGCCUCAUUAUCCUCAAUCCGAGUUUGCUGAAUACAGUUGUGUGACAUUGUGGGAAUACGAUGAAUUGCACUAUAUUGAUGGAUACGUAGCUGGACAGUGGGAUGAUAUGAUACUGUGCUCACAAACGAGUGGUACUGUUGCGCUUUGUAAAUAUGAUCCUAAUGCAUUGACCGGUGAUUGCUCGCCGAAAUGCGACAAGUUUUGGAUCAGUUACGAAGGAAGUUGUUAUGGGAUAGUGAAGGGACCUGCAAACUAUGUCACUUCCAAAGCAGGAUGUGAAGCAUUUGGAGGAGAAAUUGCAGUAAUCACAGAUGAUGCAAUGAAUGAGGCGAUAAGAAAGGCAUUCAGCACCAAUGACGACACUUUCAUAGUCCAUCAGGCGUGGAUCGGAGAAUCUUCAUACUCGAACUGGGCACCAGGAAAACCAAACAAAGCGCAGGGGGCUGAUUAUACAAAGUAUUGUAAUGUUAUGACACUGUCCAUUGUCAAUAGCGGUUCGGAAUUCGGUUUUUCUCGUGGAGUUUGGAUGGAUUAUCCUUGUUCUUUGACGCAAGAAUAUGUGCUUUGUAAACAAGUGAAUAAAUAA